AAGGUCUGAUUUACAGCUACUAUUCACUCCAUUCAAAAACCAAAAAAUGGUGGACAAAAAUAUUUCUGCAGAUAAUUCAGACAAAGCUGAAAGUAAAAAAGCUGCGAAGAAGGAAGCCAAAAAGGCGGAGAAAGCUUCCAAGAGGGCUGAACAUAAGCAAACUACAGUUCAGUUGGAUACACCAGAAGAAGGUGAUGUUUCUCUAGGAAAGUAUGGCAAUCUUCCACUUAUUCGUUCUGAAUCAAACUCUACCAGAGUUGCUUCCUAUGUAAAAGACUUGAAUAAAUCAGUUUCUGGACAAACAGUUUGGGUCAGAGCAAGACUUCACACUGUCAGGGCUAGAGGAAAACAAUGUUUCAUUGUUCUCCGGCAAAGAGAAUUUACUAUUCAAGUGCUUAUAAAUGUUUCAGAAUCUGUUUCUAAGUCAAUGGUGAAGUUUUCUAGUGGUAUUCCAAAAGAGAGCAUUAUUGAUGUGGAAGCAAGGGUGGCUGAAGUACCUGCUGGUGUAGCAGGCUGUAGUCAACAAGAUGUUGAAUUGGUUGCUUCCCAAAUCUGGGUAGUGUCUCUGUCAGCACCUCAACUUCCUCUGCAAAUUGAAGAUGCCAGCAGACCUGAGAAAUCUGAAGAUGAAGAGGGGCUCAACAUUCAUGUCAAUCAGGACACAAGAUUAGACAACAGAAUACUAGAUUUAAGGACACCAACUAACCAAGCAAUUUAUAGAUUAGAAGCAGGAGUAUGCCGUUUUUUCAGGGAAUGUCUUAUGAAAAGAGACUUUGUAGAAAUACACACCCCAAAAAUCAUACCUGCUGCUUCUGAAGGUGGUGCAAAUGUAUUUACAGUGAGUUAUUUCAAGGGUUCUGCAUAUCUGGCCCAGAGUCCUCAGUUGUACAAGCAGAUGGCCAUUGCUGCUGAUUUUGAAAAAGUUUUCACAAUAGGUGCAGUUUUCAGAGCAGAGGACUCCAAUACCCAUAGGCAUCUGACAGAAUUCACUGGGCUGGAUUUGGAAAUGGCUUUCCAGUUCCAUUACCAUGAAGUUAUGUUGACUAUUGGAGAUUUGUUUACUGAAAUGUUCAAAGGGUUAAGAGAGCAAUACCAGCAUGAAAUAUCAAUCAUCAAUCAACAAUACCCCGCCGAACCAUUCACUUUUUUGGACCCCCCUCUCGUUCUCGAGUUCAAUGACGCUCGAAAAUUGCUCGCCGAAGUUGGCGUCGAUGUAGGCGAAGAAGAAGACUUCAGCACUCCAACGGAAAAACUUUUGGGACGUCUGGUGAAGGCCAAGUACGACACCGAUUUCUACAUCUUGGACAAGUUUCCUCUGGCCGUGCGGCCUUUCUACACGAUGCCCGAUCCUCGUAAUCCGAAAGCGUCCAACUCUUAUGAUAUGUUUAUGAGAGGGGAAGAAAUUUUGAGCGGUGCCCAGCGUAUUCACGAUCCCGAAUUUCUGACUCAGAGGGCCAAACACCAUGGAAUCGAUAUUUCAACAAUUGCUGCAUAUAUUGAUGCUUUCAAAUAUGGUUGCCCCCCACACGCUGGUGGUGGUAUUGGUUUGGAAAGGGUCGUCAUGCUCUACCUUGGUCUGGACAAUAUAAGGAAAACAUCAAUGUUUCCGAGAGACCCUAAACGUAUAACACCAUAGAUUUAUACAAUGUUAUAAUAAUAAAAUCAAGAUAUAAUCUU